AUGGCUUCGUUUUCACAGCAGCAACCGCCGGUUUCGGACAGAUUUGAUGAAGAAGCCUUGUCUGAUCGAUGGGGUGAUAUGAGCUUGGAGGAUGAAGAGGAAGGUGUGGAGGCUGCCAACACCUUCCAACCGAAUGAAGUGGAUGGGGGGAAAGUAUACUCAGUUGUGGGUAAGUUUCUCACGAGGAAGUUGAUCAAAGUGGAGUAUAUGCGACAAGUUCUAGCCUCGGCAUGGCAACCUGUUAUGGGCCUACGGGUAACGGAGUUACAUGCAAAUUUGUUCUUGUUCGCGUUUUAUCAUGAGACUGACAUGCUCAGGGUGCUUCAAGACGGGCCAUGGUCGUUUGAAAAUCACACGUUGGUUUGUCGACAAGUGUGUGAUGGUUUUUUGCCUGGGGAAGUUAAGCUUGAUACGAUUGAUAUGUGGUUACAGGUUUAUGACUUGCCUAUGGGAUAUACAUCUAACGUAAUUCUGGAACAGGUUGGUAAUUAUGUUGGCUCGUUUAUUAAGUGUGAUGAUCGGCAGGUCGGUGGGCCAUGGAAAACGUUUUACCGGGUACGUGUGGCUGUGCCAGUGGAUCAGCCACUGAAACGAAGGAUGAAAUUAAUUCGCCGGGAUAAAACCUGGGGAUGGGUCAAUCUGAAAUAUGAGCGACUCCAUAACUUCUGCUACUGUUGUGGAAUGCUAGGGCAUCUUGAGAAGUUCUGUGUGAAAGCAAGGGUCGCUGGGAUAAGGCCAGAAUUGUAUCCGUAUGGACCCUGGAUGAGAGCAGGAAGACCAAAGGGGCCGAGACCGAUUGGGGCAUCUUGGCUUCUGCCGCCGGUAAGUGACGCCCCGUUGCCGCCGAAGACACGGCCACAUGUGGGUUCGUCAGGUGUAGGGGGAGUGGCGGACGUACAUAUGGUUGUGAGUGGAGAUGAGUUAGAAGAGGACGUGGUGGCCUCGUCUAAACGACGUCGUGCUGGGAUGGUAGAGGAAGAUGUGAACAGAACUACUGUACCAGUGACUGAGGAGGGGGUGAAUGACAAUGUCUCAAAAAACUUGCAGAUGGCGGGUCUAGGUUCCCAGACCCGCCCGAGCCAAUGA